AGCCGGAAAUUCAUCGUUAUUUCCUUUGACGUCAUCCUGCCAAAGGUUCCUUCGUUUCCGUUCUUUAGGGGGGGAGAAACUUUGAAAUGAUAAAGAACUGGUCAGCUUUUUACUGUUGAAGAAACUAUAAAAAUGAGCAGCGAAACUAAACAAUUAUCUAAUCCUGAAACGCCCGGAUAUGUGGGUUUUGCAAAUCUUCCCAAUCAAGUUCAUCGGAAAUCAGUGAAAAGAGGUUUUGAGUUCACUUUAAUUGUAGUAGGUGAAUCUGGAUUAGGAAAAUCAACAUUAAUUAACAGUUUAUUUUUAACUGAUCUCUAUCCAGACAGAAAUAUUCCAGAUGCUGCAGAAAAAAUUCAGCAGACAGUUAAAUUGAAUGCUUCAACUGUUGAAAUUGAAGAAAGAGGUGUUAAACUUAGAUUAACAGUUGUAGAUACUCCUGGUUAUGGGGAUGCUAUUGACAAUACUGAUUGUUUUAAAUCAAUUAUUCAAUAUAUUGAUGAACAAUUUGAAAGAUUCUUGAGAGACGAAAGUGGAUUGAAUAGACGAAACAUAACAGACAAUCGGGUUCAUUGUUGUUUUUAUUUCAUUUCUCCAUUUGGCCAUGGUCUGAAACCUCUUGACAUAGAAUUUAUGAAACAGCUACACAAUAAGGUUAAUAUUGUUCCUGUUAUUGCAAAAGCUGACGCUCUUACUAAAAAGGAAUUAAUUGUGUUGAAAAAAAGGGUAAUGCAGGAAAUUGAAGAUAAUGGAAUUCGUCUAUAUCCUCUUCCAGAUUGUGAUUCUGAUGAGGAUGAAGAUUACAAAGAGCAAGUGAGGGAAUUAAAGGAGGCUGUUCCUUUUGCAAUAUCAUCUGCUUUGCAAACUAUUGAUGUUAAAAACAGAAAAGUUAGAGGAAGAUUAUAUCCUUGGGGUGUUGUUGAAGUAGAAAAUCCCGAACAUUGUGAUUUUUCUAAAUUAAGGACUAUGUUAAUAACACAUAUGCAAGAUUUACAAGAAGUUACUCAAGAAGUUCAUUAUGAAAAUUAUCGUUCUGAACGUUUGGCAGGUAAAGCUGGUUGGCGGAAACCGAAUGCCCAACCGGAAGAAACAGAUAGAAUUUUAGAAGAGAAAGAAGCGGAACUUCGUCGAAUGCAAGAAAUUUUAGCUCGGAUGAAACAACAAAUGAAACAACAGAAAGAAGAAGGUAGACAAGUCACUCCACCCCCACCUAACUAAUAUACUAUUCAUUAUAUAAUUCAUCUAUUAUUAUUAUUAUUUUUUAAUAAAUAUGAUUUAUAACAAUUUUAAUUUUUAUAAUAGUUGAAUUAUAUAAAAUGGCUCUGUUGAAUCUAAAAGCAGUCUAGUCACGUUUAUGUGCCAUGGACUAACAACAUUUACUUUGAUGAAGUUAACGUCUUUAUAAAACCUAAAUGAUUUUUUUAUACAUUUUAAACUUACGUCUGUUUUUUCUAUGACUUUUAAAUGCAUUUAUAUAUCUAUUCUAACAGUUAUGAUCUGAUAUUUGGAUCAACUUUUCAGUGCUCUUAUUUGUUUUAAUAAGAUUUGUAUGUAUGUAUCCGUAUAAUUUCAACUUUCUAAAACUUUCCUUUUACAAAACAUGUGAAUGAUUUUAUACUUUUAAAAAACUUCUUAUUAUUUUCAGUUUUUUUACAUAAAAGUUUUAUAAACUUACAUCAAUAUUUAUCAUUGUUGUUAAUGGUAAAAUAUGAUUUUUGAUAUCAGAAAUUUUAUAUUUAGUUUGUAACUGAUAUCUCAAAAUGUAGCUAAAGUUAAAUAUUUAAAUAGUUAGUAAAGAAAUAAAUCAAAUAUUUUUUAUCUGUUUGUUUAAUAAGAAUAUAAUUUCUAAUUUAAAUUAAUAGCUAUUGAAGUAAAAUUGCAAUAAUCUUUUUAUAUUGUGUAUAAUUCAUUAUAAUAAUUCUGUUGUAAUUUCAAAUGGGAAAAUGUUUCUAAUUAUUAUUAUUGCCUUACUGUUCUUAUUUAAUUUCUUAUUAUGUAUUUUGUCAACGUGGACAUUAAUCAUUAACAGGACAAUUAUACUGGUGUUAAGCAUUUACACACGAAUUGAGGAAAAAGUUCUGUACUUUCAGUAUCUGCAUAGGUUUUAUAAAUUUUUUAUAUUCUAAUUUAUUAUUAUUUCUAAUUAUUGUUAUAUCUAAAUAAUUUAAUCUAUUAUUCUCUUCUAUUUCAGCUUCAAAUUUUAUGUUUUCUUCUAUAGCAUCGACCUGUUUUAAGAUUAAUUUUUCGCUAGUUUGCCUAUCAUCGAAUAUAAUUAUGCAGUCGUCUACGUACCCAUUAUAAAAUAUAAUGCCUUUUAUGUCUUUAAUUCUCUUAUCUAUUACUAUAGUAACAAUCUCCGCCAGUCUUGGGCCUAUACAGGUACCCGUCGGUAUCCCGUCUUUUUGGCUGUAAAAUUUAUCCUCGUACCGAAAAUAAUUAUUUUCUACGACUAACAUACAGAGUUUAUUGAUACAUUCUAGGGCUUUAAUUUUCUGCAAAGGAGUUUUAAUGUUAUUUUUGGUUAUACUUGGAUACAUAUUUUUAAUGUCUAAAGACAAUAGUUUCGUAUUAUUAUUAAUUAAAGUGUAGUUAGAAAUUUCUAUCGUAUUUAACUCAUUUUUUAAAAAAAUUUUCUAAAUUAUAAUACACACAGUAUAGACCACUAAUUGAUGGUCUAUAGUUGUCUAUCAAUUAGUGGUCUAUACUUAACUGGAUUCUUAUGUACAAAUGCUUAACACCAGUAUAAUUGUCCUGUUAAUGAUUAAUGCCCACAUUGACAAAAUAUAUAAUGAGAAAAUAUUUCAUUUAAGUAUUUUAUGAAUGAAUUCAUUAUAUUUUUAUUGAAAUUUUUAAGGAGUACGAAACAAAAAUGAUUCACUUUAGAUUGAAAGUAAGUUUUAAAUGAUUAAAUCGAGCCUUUUUCCAUAAUUAAUUGAAGUUAAAUUAUAUUUUAAACUAUGAAUAACAAUUUUGUACGAAAGUUUAAUUUUUAUAUAAGUGAAAGAUAUGUCCGAUAAACUACUUUGUUAAAAAAAUCUUUAAAUGUAUUGAUAAAUGUUAUU